AUGGCUAUCGGCAAGAAUAAGAGACUUACGAAAUCCAAGAAGGGAAGCCGUAAAAAGGCCGUCGACCCUUUCUUGAAGAAGGAAUGGUACAAGCUCAUUGCUCCUUCCAUCUUUGCCGUCAAGGACUGUGGAAAGACUUUGAUCACAAAGACACAAGGACAAAAGAUUGCUUCCGACUACUUGAAGGGACGUGUUGUUGAAAUUUCCUUGGGAGACCUCAACAAGAACGAGGCCGUCUCGUGGAGAAAGAUUAAGUUGUGUGUGGAGGAUGUUCAAGGAUACAACUGUCUGACCAAUUUUCAUGGUAUGGAUAUGACCAGAGACAAGCUGUGCAGUUUGAUCCGCAAAAAGCAAUCUAUCAUUGAAGCCAAUGUUGACUGCAGAACUACUGACGGAUACAUUGUACGACUUUUCUGCAUUGCCUUCACUCGCCCACAAGAGAACCAAAUCAAGGCUACUUGCUACGCCAAGUCCGCACAAAUCAGAGCCAUCCGCGCAAAGAUGACCACCAUCAUGACUGAGCUUGGAACCAAGGGAGACCUCAAGUCUCUUGUCAAGGAAUUGAUCAGUGCUCCCAUCGGAGACAACAUUGCGCGAGAUGCCUCCUCUGUCUUCCCCAUCAAGGACUGCUUCAUCCGCAAGGUCAAGGUCUUGAAGAAGCCCAAGUUUGAUGUUACGGAGCUUAUGGAAUGGCACAAUGCCGAUGAGAAGGUUGCCGGAGAUGUCGGCAAGUCUCUUGAAGCACCAAAGGAAACUCUUGCUGGAUCAGGUGGACGCUUGUAA